AUGAGCUUUUUACCACAUCUAUGUCUUGAAAAUAUAUUUCUAAAUCUGUCACAAGAUUCAAAAACCUUACAUUCAUGUAUUUUAGUUAACAAACAAUGGUGCAUAUCAUCUAUUCCAAUAUUGUGGCGAGACCCAUUUAAACUUUGUCAGUGUCUUCGUAAACCGAAUAAACUAGUACCGUUAUUAAAUACAUAUUUAUCAUUCCUUCCUUCAACUACACGAAAACUUCUUGAAAUAACAUCGAUUAUUGGAAGACCAACGCUUUUCAAUUACCCAGUCUACUUACGCAGCAUAAACGUGGUAUUGAUUCAUGGAAGUGUUGAAUAUUGGACUGAUUCUGUAUUUGGAGCAGAUUCAACUUCUUUGCAAAAAAUUACACCAAUUUGCAAAGUUCUUUGUGAAUAUUUUUUAUGCAAUUCAUCCAGAAUUGAUUAUCUUGAUCUUGAACACGCGAGUUGGUUUGAUAUAUUUGAGCUUAAUGGUGCAACCACUUCUUUAUCAUCGAUAAAAUCAGUGGUAAUUGAUGAUCAACAACGAUUUCCAGAUCAAUUCAAGAAUCUAUCUUCUGUUAUGAAAAAUGCAAGAUAUUUACGUUUAUCUUUAAGAUAUAGAAAGAAUGAUCCUGUAUGUAAAAAUAUUGUAACCCUUUUACAAAAUCAGAAAUAUUUGAAAAAAAUUAGUUUAUGUAGUCAUGUAUCAGAUUUUUUUCAAAAUAUUUGGGAUAGUCUUGCCUCAUCACAAUUACUUCACAAGAGUUUAACAUCAAUUGAAUUUCAUGAAGCGACAUUUGAUGAUUACUCUCUUUUACAACUAUCUAGAUUUUAUAAUUUACAAUAUUUAAAAUUCUACAGAUGUAGAAAUUUUAAUAGUGAAAUUCAAGAAAUUGAAGAUUCAUUAGUAUUUCAGAAUCUUUCACAAUUAAUUAUUUUCAAGAUAGGCGUGAAUCCACAAGUUCUAGAGUUCCUUUUAAAAAAAUCCAAUAGAAAUCUUAACGUUUUAGAGUUCCAUGAUCAUUAUGUUACCAAUUUUCAUGAAACUGUUCUUUGUUGUGUAAGUUUUUGUCAAAAUCUUACAAGGUUUGUGGCGUCAAUCCAAGUGAAUCAGAUCUCAGACGUCAUCGCACUUUUUAAAGAAUGUAAAAAGCUUGAAUAUUUUCACAUAUAUGAUUUGAAACUUUUAUUCGAAGACGAAGAAGAACCGUUGGAUGAAUAUUGGCCACCAGAAUUGGAAUUGUUUCAUGCAAAGGAAUUAUUGGAAGAAUUAGGAUCAUGUAUACCAAUGACUAUGAAAAUGAUGAAAGUUUGGAUGAAUUGGUUAAUUACGAUCGAAGAUAUUGAAACAUUUGUUUCGAAAUGUGCGUACUUUGACUUGAAGAUGAAAGUUUUAGAAUUCAGACAUUGCAAAGGAUUUGGAAAUGCACACAAGAAAGUGAUUAAAAAUUUUUUACAGAAUGAUAAUAUAUAA